UUCGACCAUUCGUUGUUUAUAAUUUUUACUGUACAGUGUCCAUUCUGCUUCUACAUAGGAGUACAAUCUUCUGCUUUGCUUAGAAAGUGCUCGUUGUUUCCUUUUCUUCGUAAUAUUUUUUAUUGCUUGAAAUUGAUAAAAUACGUGAAUACUGCAAGCACACUAAACUGCUUCAAUUUCACCACGGGAGAAAACCAGAUAAUAGUUCGAAACUGGUGUUCCACCAUGCCACUUGAUUCUGAACAAGACUACGAAAGUUUCAAUUAUUUGUGGAUAAUUCAUCGCUAUGAAGGGAGCAUCGACGCAACUAAUUCAAAAAUAUCAUCGCCUCAAUUCUCCACUCCCUCGAAUGAGAGACACAAAUGGUCUAUAUCCGUCGAACCCCGCUACUACGCCGACAAAUACAAGCUCGACUUUCUCAGAUUGUCUCUCAAGUUCACCUGUGUCGAAGCAAAUGUUGAAUUAUCGGCGCGAUUCAAGUUUUCAAUCAUGGAUUCUGAGCGAAAAAUUGGCCAAGGCAGACGAAGCGCAUUCCGUGACUGGAAAUCUGGUAAAGAAUGGUCUAUAAGUAGCUUCAUUGAAAGAGACGCCUUAUUCGAGAGAAAAGAAAGCCUAUUACCAGAUGAUAAAUUAUCCAUCUUGUGUGAAAUCACUGUGCGUCGUCCAUCAUCUUCACAACAUGAAGUAUCUAAUCAGCCUAGGUUUGAUAUCAUGCCAAUGGAAACCCCAUCAUGUACCUUAUCCGAUGAUUUAUCCCAAUUAUUAGAAGAUCAAGAAUUUUGUGACGUCACAUUGUCUGUAAAUGGCCAACAAUUCAAAGCUCAUAAAGGUAUUCUCGCUGCACGGUGUUCUGUAUUCAAGGCCAUGUUCAAGCAUCGCAUGCGAGAGGCCAAAAGUAGUCGAGUAGAAAUAACCGAUAUUAAACCUGACGUAUUUCGUGAAUUAUUGCAUUACAUUUACACUGGAAAAGUUAAAUAUAUGGAGACGGCCACAUUCAUGGAUUUACUCGUCGCGGCCGAUAAAUAUGAUUUGCAAAGCCUCAAAUCUUUAUGCGGAGUUGCAUUAAACAAACAUCUAACCCAUGACAAUGCUGCAAACAUUUUGAUCAUAGCUGAUUCGCACCAAUCGGAAAAAUUGAAAGCCGCGGCAAUCUCUUUCAUUAAAUCGAACGCUUUCGUUGUGAUGAGCACUGAUGGAUGGAAAGACAUGCUCAAUCACUAUCCAAAUUUGGUUUGGGAAGUCAAAAAUGGAAAUGUGAAAUCAAAAUGAAAAACGAAAGAGAAAACUAAAUAAAACUGUACUUCUAACGAGAAAACGAAAAUAAAAAAAUAAAUUCAAGCUGAAAUCCUUAUUACUUAAAUAGCCCUAUCGUUAUUUUUUCUUCAUUAGUUUUCUAUUUUUGAAACAUGUUUAUUAUACGUACGACUAUCACUGUUAUUUCAAUCACUUUGCAUAGUUUAUUGCAUUCUUUUUGAUUUAUUUGUACCUAAGUUGAUACUGUUAACAAUAAAUUAUUACCCAAUAAAAAUUCUACAAAAAAUUGUUGCAUUCAUUUCCCCUCUCCUAUACAAGCAAUAAGAAUAUCUCUUGCAAGAGGAAUUUCAACGAAAUUCGCUCAAAAGUA